AUGGAUGAAAUUUUGAUGAAUCAAACUCAUGCAGUAAAUGCAUCAGAAAAUAAUUCGGAACAGGAUAAAGAUGAUUGUGCUAUUGUCGUUCCAGCAAAAGUUAGCUUCGGAAAUGUUGCUAUGCAUUUAGAUUUGAAAAUUGAUCAGAAAACCUUCGCUGCGGCAUCAGGAAUAUCGAAAGCAUUUGAAGAAGCUGUUUGUUCUCGAAUUUCUGCUGGAACAACUACGGGUAGUGAUAAUGCUGCUGGUUCUUGUCGAUUACAAAUACCGCCAGCACAAUCACAUGAUUUUUUGAUCUCGCAUAAUCACCGUAAUGGGUACAGUUGCUCGAAUUGUACUUGUCCUCAUGAUGAAAAUAAGGCAUAUGAAGGAAAGGAGCAAGUUAAUGAAGUUUGCAGUUCUACAGUGGAUACUAGUCCACUUUGUGAUACAGCUUCAUCACCGAUUGCAAUUGAUUCACAAGGGUGUACUGAUUUAAAACGUGAUUCGUGUGGUGAAACAUAUUCUUUGGAUCCGCGUCCCUCUUCAUCAGCUCUUACUAGCAAUUCUAGUGGGUCUUAUAAUCAAAUUGAUACUUCAUUUGAUCCAUCUCCUUCACCUGUUGGAGAAUCUCCUUUCAAUUCAAGGCGCAAAAGAGAUAAAAUUUCGAAUUUAUCUCGCCUUUGUGAAUAUACAGAUCCCAAAAAAGGACCAUGUCGUCAAAGGGCUAUUGUGCAAUAUAGAUUUUGCAUUCGACAUAUUCUUAAUGAUCCGAAUGCUCCGUAUCACCGAUGUGAACAUAAACGGAAGCCCAAGAAUAAAAGUGAUGUUGUGGCUUAUUGCACGAAUGCAGUAAGGAAAGAUAAAGGUUCUGUAUUUUGCACUACACAUAUGAUAAUGACUGGUCAGAGGGAGCCAAAACGAAAAAAAUUAGUUCAGAAGGUUACUAUAGAUAAAGUGAAGAUGGAAGAUGAUCCCGAUAUAUGGGUUGACAAUAGUGGUGAUAAUUCGACAUGGCUAAAUAACGUAAAAACGGAAUUAAUAGAGCAGCCAGUUGUUUGCUUAGAAAACGUAAAUUACGAGCAGAAUCGAAUAAAUUCGGUUUCGGUUGUUCAUGGUUAUGAAUCGCCUGAAGUUCAAAAAAGUGGUAUUAAUGAACGUUGGAUUGUUGAUUCUGAGUCAGUUAAUUCAGCAGCUGCACCCAAAGUAAUUGUGAAACAGAUGUCUGUCAUAGACAAUUCUCAUUGUUCAACAGCACAUUUAUUGAAUAAUCACAUUUCCAAUCACACUAAUCAGAAUGUAGCGGUAAUACCUGUAUCUGUCAAUGCCGGACAGAAUUUCCCAGUUAUGCAUCCUGUUCGCAAUGUUCAGAUAGUUGAAAAUGGACCUUGUUGCUCAAAAAUCGCCACUUGCCCACUUAGAGUCGAACAAGUUGUUGUUCAACGCAUUGCCAUGCAGCAGCCACUUUCUCCACAAUUAUUGUAUCGAGAUACUUCCUCUACAUUAACAAAACAACAUCCACAACUUGCAGCAAAACUUUUGGAGAAUUCGAUUAUUUAUCCUCAACAAGUGCAUUCUUCAUUGAAUUUCAUCCAGCACCAGAAUUUUCGUAGCGGUGUAAUGGGCCAUACUAUCUUAAAACCGUUACCACAUAUUCCGCAGCAACUUUUAUCAGACGACUCGCAGCUGUUAAAGCCUAAUUAUUAUGCUUUAACCGAUGAUGAAAAUGAUGUGGACUCCAGUGAUUCUGCGAAAAGGUUAAUCAAGUUGUGUCAAAAGAAAAGAAAGCCGAAAAUUAAAGGUUGGUAUCGAAAAGUACCAGUAGUAAAUGAAAUGUGCAAAGCAUUUGAAUUAUUGGACUCUGACGAAGCAGAUCUCUUUCCUCUGGGCCUUGAGCCUUCUGAUGAUGAAGAUAACAAUUCUGAAAGUGAACAAAUGCUUGAAAUGUAUGAACAUGAACAAACAACUGAUGAGAUGUCUUCAAAUUCGAAUUGUUUCAUUGGUGCAUUGAGAGUAUAUCUUUUAAAAAAGCAGUUAAGAUUAGAUAAGACCAGAUUGUGGCACAUCGCUAACAGACAUGCAGCAGUGUCCAUAGCCAGUAAACUUUGUGCGAGUGGAGCUUCGCAUGCUUUUUAUGAUCGGUCAAAAAGGCGAAGCACCACGAAAAUUCGACAACGAUGCGCGUUUAUAAUCAAAAAUUCUGGUGAAUGCGAUGUUAGGUGCAUGAAAACUUGUCUCCCUUUUAGUAAUUACUGCCAAAGGCAUAUUGCAAAUUCUAUUAGCCAGCAGUUGUAUUCCUACUGUACAGAACGUGGUUGCAGUCAGACAUUUCUUCGCACCAGUAACUAUUCAGUGUCAGACGUUUGUCAGCAUCAUGCUGAACUUAUGCGAAGUCAAGCAUCGACGAAUUUUAUAGAAACUAAUCUUUCACAUAAAUCGGAUAUUCCUGUUCCAAUGAUGAAUUCAUUUGCUGAACGAGAUCCUUUUAUUGAUGAUCAGCCCAUUCACCCGUCCCAUCCGCUUCAUCAGAAUGAUAAUGCUAUGCCAUUUGGAGACCCUGAAAUAUUUGGACCAAGCUAUGGCAUCGGCAGUGAAGAAGAUCUGGAUAUUACAUUCGGUUCUGGUAGAGAUUUGGAAGGUCAAUUGGAACAAAUGCUUGAUCGGCUACCGCCUGAUGCUGAAAUUGGAGACUUGGAAUCAGAAAAUACGAAGGAUAUUGACAAUUUUUCAUCCGUAAAUUUGGGCCAUACAUGGGAUGAUAUCGAGCAGUUUUUGAUUUCUGAGGGUUAUAAUAAUUUUUCCAGUGAUUCACUAACAGCAAAUGAAGCGGGAUCUACUACGCCAUUAUAUUCACCAAACGGGUCUAAUGUAGUUUCACAGAAUUUUGGUCAACAUCGUUGA